AUGCUUUGUGGUUUAGCUGCUGUUGGCCUUUUGGUCUCGGGAUCUUCCGCCGGAUGGAACCCAGGAAAGCCAGGCCAUGGUAGCUCUGGAUGCGACAGCGUUCAAAAUGGCUAUCAGUGCCAGCCUGAUAUCUCUCACUUUUGGGGUCAAUAUAGCCCGUUCUUCAGCGUGGAAUCUUCAAUCCCCAGCGAAGUCCCUCCGCGCUGCAGUGUUACAUUUGCGAAUGUCUUAUCUCGCCAUGGAGCCCGUGAUCCGACUGCUUCCAAGACGGCGGCAUACAAUGCAACCGUGCAGAAGAUCCAUGCCAAUGUUCAAAACUACCCAGGAAAAUACGCUUUCCUCAAGAACUACGAGUACACCCUCGGAGCCGAUCAGCUUACGCUUUUCGGCCAACAGGAAAUGAUCAACUCUGGCCUCAAGUUCUACGAGCGAUAUGAGCAGCUCGCCAACCAUCUGACACCUUUCGUGCGAUCGGCUUCGGAGGACCGUGUCGUGGAGUCCGCCGAAAACUUCACGCAAGGCUACCAUUCUGCCAAGUUGGCCGAUAAGCGCAACAGGCGUGGCGAUUCGACCUAUCCUUACCCUAUCACGGUCAUCUCUGAGGCAGAUGGCUCCAAUAACACUCUCAACCAUGGUCUCUGCACGAACUUUGAGGACGGCCCAGAUGAUUCCAUCGCCUCCAACGCCCAGAAGACUUGGGCGAAUGUCUUCGUCCCGGCAAUCCAGAACCGCCUCAACUCUGAUCUCCAGGGUGCCAAUUUGACCCAGACCGAGGUCACCUACGUAAUGGAUCUCUGUCCCUUCAAUACUGUUGCUUCCAACAAUGGAACCAUUUCAUCAUUCUGCAGCCUCUUCACCGAGGAGGAGUGGCAUCAAUACAACUACUACGAAACUCUGAACAAGUACUAUGGCUACAGCUAUGGCAACCCCUUGGGCCCUACGCAGGGAGUCGGUUUCGCAAACGAACUCAUCGCCCGCCUGACCAACAGCGCUGUUGAUGACGAGACUUCAACAAACCACACACUUGACGACAACCCGGCAACUUUCCCGCUGCGCCGCUCGCUCUACGCGGACUUCAGUCACGACAACGAUAUGACUGCUAUUUUCUCGGCGCUGGGACUUUACAACGGCACUGGCCCUCUGUCGAAUACCACCGUCACAGAAGCACAAGACGCCAACGGAUACAGUGCGGCUUGGACUGUCCCGUUUGCGGCCCGCGCUUACUUUGAGAAGUUGCGCUGUGCCGGUAACCGCGAAGAGUUCGUUCGAGUAGUAAUCAAUGACCGAGUCCUGCCAUUGAGCCAGUGCGGUGGUGAUCGCUAUGGACGAUGCACGUUGAGCAAGUUCGUCAACAGCUUAGGCUUCGCGAAGAGCGACGGUCUCUGGGACCAAUGCUUCACAUAA